AUGGACUCAAACGGCUGGUCCGACAUCGGCUACAACUUCCUGAUCGGUGAGGACAGCAGAGUCUACGAGGGCAGAGGCUGGAGCAGCGUGGGGGCCCACGCCUACGGCUGGAACAGUAAUUCGUUGGGAUUCAGCUUCCUGGGCACCUUCUCCAGCAGAGCCCCCAACGCUGCCGCCCUGAACGCCGCCAAGAGCCUGAUCCAAUGUGCCGUCAACAGGGGCUCCCUAAGCAGCAGCUACACCCUGAAGGGGCAUCGCAACGUGAGCCAGACCGACUGCCCCGGGAACGCCCUCUACAAUGUCAUCACCCAGUGGCCCAGGUUCAAAUCCUGAGUCCCUGCAGCCUCGGGGCAGCCCCUGCGCCCAUCGCUGACCCCGCCUGCGGCUUCUGCCUUCCUGAGCAGCACCUCCACCCCCCAGCAGGGGGCAGCCUCGCGCUUCUCGCCCACCGGCCUGGGAAGGACCCGGCGGGUGGUUCGCAGAGUCCCACAAAGGGGUUUUUCAUUCAAGUGCAAUUUGCCUCUAACCCAGCGCCCCUGCGGCUUAGCGCUUGCUUUGCUUGGGAGCGUCUGAGCAGUGACAAUAAACCAGCUUCUAGCUCAUGAAAAGUUGAAGCGCCGUGAAUCAUUUCAUCUCCUGUUAAACCAUAACC